AUGGACGACAAGCAACCCAAUGCGCAAGAAGCGCUCCCGCCGGUCUUCAACCCAAAACAGCUCGAGGACGACAACCCUAUGCCGGAGGUAUCCGAUCAAGAGCCUCUUCGCCAGUACUCCAACGAAGCUCGAGCUUACCAUGCGCGGUACGCCGAAUUAUCUGAGGCACAUGACAAUGGCGCGUACAAUGCCUGUCGUGAAGGCUGUCUCGAUCUCUUGACGGAACCGAAUGUUCCUCAUUACACCCGAAUUCAAGUGCUGCAGAUGCUAUCAACUAUCCUGGCACCGCCAGCAGCAGACUCGUGCCUACAGGAAGCAGCGACGAUAUUAGCAAAGAUGGAUAACACGAAGUUCCAAGUCCAGCUUCUCGCGCGCGACAACGAGAUGAUGCAAGCGGACUUGGCGGAAUCGAACAAAAAGGAGUUGAAUAGUGACAUUGAAGCUGGGCAACGAAGCAAUGCCCCUGUUGGACACUGGGACUUCGCGGAUGGAGGUUCGGCUGGCGAGGUGUACUACGAGUUUGACCGCGUUCUCCAAGAGCAACGUGAACUCGGUCUUGCAGCAAGAAAGGAGGCGGAGGCAAGUGGAUUCGGAACCGUCUUUGGAAAGGUUGACGUUGACGCUGAACGCAAAUUUGAGCAGCAAAUUGCAGCGCAAGGUGUGAAGAUCCGGCAGGGGAUCGAGAGACAGGAGAUGCUACAAGCUCAAGAGGAAAAAACUGCGCGAGCAGAGGCUCGGACUCCUCUCGUCAGCAUGUUCUCCCGUCUAAGCCCUGGGGAAAGAAUGUUCGGAGCACGAAACGAAAAUCCCGGCGGACACAUGCUGCACUCUGUUGGUGAUGAUGAGGAGACGGCUUCCAGAGGUAUCGAAGCAGUGCUGACUGAUGCCGCCAUCAAGAAAGCUCGUGCACACACGGAUGCUGGGCGAGAGGAACUUGCUGUUGCAGAGGCACAGCUGACUGAGGUCGCUGCUCAACUUGCCGCCCUGAAGACUUAUGAUGCUCCCGAUCCUGCGACCAGCUCAACUGCGCCAACAGGUGAUGCGUUGCCUUCCAUCAAAAACCCAAAGACUCGCCACGACCCUAAGCCACUGGAGAGCGGUAAGGCCAUCAUUACUGGCGGUGCAAGCACGAAUGAUGAGGGCGAAGCUGAUGGUGGCAAGGCUGAGGAUGGAGUUGGCGCCAAGAAACGCUUUCGCGAAACUUCGCGCGCCCUGUUGGGUGCUUUUGGACUGAAAGGCAAGGGCAAGGGCGAUUCGAAGAAGGAAGGUUAA